GUCUGACCAAGGAUAAGCCUUUAGCACGGAAACCCAAAUCGACCCUUCCGGAUUGGCGGAGGCCAGACCAGCUUACUUAGGCAACCCCACCGAUAGCCCAGCUCACUACAGCACCCAGUAGUACAGUAUGUAUACAAAAAAAACCAUUCAUCUUAUGUUCUCCUCUAAGCAUGAACCCUACUGGAAACCAGCUGCUAAGGGAAAAGCGCUUGACCGCUCUCCGCGCCUCGAUGGUAGAUUUGGAGGCCGAAGUGGCACGCAUGGGAGCUCAAUUGUCCGAGACAAAGACCAUGUUAAAGGACGAUCCGUCUGCAACGGUCCAGCGACAUAUUUGUCUUCUUCACGAGUACAAUGAAAUAAAAGAUAUCGGACGAGGCCUGAUGGCUCUUAUUGCUGAUGCCCGCGGAGUGCGCCAGAUAGAUGUGCAGAGAACAUAUGGGGUCGGUGAUCGAGAUUAACUACUAUGAAUCCGAGUCUAGCAUUUUUGAGGAUCGUUGACUACUCAA